AUGGUGUUUCACGCGCUGGACCUCGGGCUGUCGUAUAAAAAGGCGACGGGGACGAAGCUGGUGGAGGGGAACGUGAUGGUGCACGACGCGGCGAGGGCGCUGUUUCGAGCGCCGUUCGCGUGCGCGAGUCACGAUGGGAACGAUGUGUUCAAUUAUGGGAAUCAAGCGGCGCUGGAGCUGUGGGAGAUGGAGUGGGACGCGUUCGUGGGGAUGUCGAGUAAAAAGUCGGCGGACGAGGCGGACGAGGCGACGCAAGCGGAAAGACGGGCGCUUUUGGAUCGAGCGGCGAGCGAUGGGGUGAUCAUGAACUAUAGCGGCGUGCGCGUGAGCUCGAGAGGGGCGAAAUUUAGGAUUGAAGACGCCACGGUGUGGACGAUGAAGGAUGGCGACGGGAACAAGACGGGGCAGGCGGUGCGCUUC